AUGGCGCCUGUGGUGCCUCUUAAGCCAAAACUCCGUUUCUCUAUUGAAUCACUGGUUGGAAAAGAUGGCCACAGAGGUUCACCUCAGCCUGAAGAAAGCACGGACAGUUACUCCUCUGUUGAUGUAGAGAAUUUAUCUCCAGGGCCGGCACGUGAAGAUUCGCCAUCACCUGGCGGCUGGACAAGAGAUCCAGCGUUAUCGGACACUUUUUCUCGCGGCCUGCUGUAUCGGACUUUGCCCGUUAGGCCCGUAUGCUCCGUCGCUAGAGCUGGUCCCACUUGUCUGGAAUCUGUUCCUACUUUUCCCGGCUACGGCGGCGUGAGACCGUCGGUUAUGUACAGUGCCACAGACGAAACUUCGUCGCCAUAUCUAUGCUCGCCGAACCAGCCUUCCUUGCAAGCCGUAUCUCCUUUCCUCCUGCACCGGGACCCUUAUUCCCUAUAUCCGUGGCUUCUGGCUUCCCGACAUCCAAGGUUUCUGCCCCAUCGUAUACCUGGUCCAGAUUUUCUACUCCAUCCGUUCAGAAAACCGAAGAGGAUCCGAACGGCCUUCUCUCCUUCCCAGCUGCUCAAGUUGGAACACGCUUUUGAAAAGAGUCAUUACGUGGUUGGAGCUGAGAGGAAACAGUUAGCUCGGAGUCUCGAUCUCACAGAAACUCAGGUGAAAGUGUGGUUUCAAAACAGAAGGACGAAAUACAAACGCCAGAAGCAGGAAGAAGAACAAACAGGCAAACAUCAACAGGAACAGUCAUCUUCACGUAGCUCAGAACCAUCUGAAGACGUAACGGCUGCACACACCAGGUCCACAAAAUCACGAGAGUCUCCAAACUUGGACUCUGACCACUCUUUUGAUCCUGAUCUUCUACCAUCCUCUUCGCCUUCUAGGUGACUGGAGAUGUUUCCUAUACAUGUGUUAUAAACCUCCUCUUGUUAUAUAAAAAACUCCAGAGUGUCCAAUG